GCUGCGGCCGCGGACCAGAACAUGUGGACCCCCCUGGAGCCCGCGAAGCUCACGGAGGCGGGCUUCUCCACGACUUCGGCCCAGCUUGCCAUGGGCGUGGACAUGGUGAAGAUGAAGAUCAGCAUGAUCGCGCAAUCGGAUCCGACGAACAUCCUCUCAGACCUCCUCAAGCUUGCCACGACCAUGCCAGAUUGGGCGCCUACGGAGAUCAAGGUGGACUUGAGUGCAUUGCAGCAGGGGUUGAGCAUGCUCAAGGAGAAUGCUACGCCAAGCAUUGUCGAACUGGAGCAGGCUCAGGAGGCCCUGAACGGCAUCUCAAAUAAUCGCUGGCCCAUGGCAGCUUCUGUUGUACAGUGGGCGCAGUCGAAGAAGUUGUUCCGAGAUGCGCAGACUGCGGUGGUUGCCUUUUCAGCAGGUGUUGAUCUGGCCAAGCGUGCGAAGGCGAACGUCGCGCAGGCACAGAAGCACUUCGAGAUGGAUGCCCGCGCUGAGGGCGGCGUGGAUUCCAGCACGCGUCUCUUGAGCAUGACUGGCUCUCUGAGGGUGAUUGAUAAGCUGUUUGCUGACGUCACUCCCAUGGCGGAGAGGUAUGUGGCUGCUGCCGAUGUUGACAAUGCUCUGCACAGCCUACUGGGUAUGACCAGCGACAUCAUGUUGGACGUCGCGAAGGACCUGGCUGUCAAGAUGAAUUCAUGGAUGGACUCUCUUGGCGAGCCCCAUUGGGAUGAUCCUGUGUAUGUAAAUGGCCUGCGCCAGAUCACGGAAGUCGUCGGCAUCUUCGAGUCAAUUCCCAAGGUUGGGCCGCAGGUGCAGAACUUGGAUGCGGACGCGUACGCGAAGCUUGUCGCGUACAUCAGGGCAUGCGGGGACGUUGUGAAAAUCCUCACCCAUCACACAAAGCCCGAGACGCCGAUUUCGAAGGUGCCCGAGUUCAUGGAGGCGGCGCCAGGAAUUCUGCAGACGCUAUCGGAAUUCUUGGACGGUCAUCCCACUGCGGAGGCCCUCGAUGAGUUGUUUACGAAGUUCGUACAGUCGACGCCCUACAAGGACCUCAAGGCCUCGAUGGCGAGUCGUCUCGGCGACCGCUUGCAUGGCUUCCUGCGCAUCACCAAGGGCGCGAUGUUUGGAAACUAUUCCCCGGACACCUUCUGGACUGCACCCUGGUCGCGUACUCUCGGCACCGUGGGCAACAUCCUGGAUCAGUACUUCUUGGUGAGCGGGGCUGGUUACGAGAUAACGUUCACGCAAGAUGCUGAGAAGGCUUUUGCGGAGGCUACAGAUGCCCGCCGCUUUAGUGACGCCUUACUGAGGGACCAGGUGGGCUGCAUCAUCGGCGUUGGGAAUAUCUGGACCCAGGGCUUGCCGCUGAUCACCUGCGCGUUCGACGUAGACGAGGACGCACUGAAGGUUUGGAUUGCCACCGCGGGCGCGGUGCGCAAGCUGGUCACCACGAUCGACAGCAUCUUCCGCGGCUACGAGAAGACCACAGGUAU